AUGGGGUUUGAAGAGACGGAGCUGAGGCUAGGGUUACCAGGAAAUGGUGGAAGCCAUGAAGGAGAUCAAGCGGCGGCGGCGACUAUGAGGAAGAGAGGGUUCUCUGAAACUGAGUGCAGUGAGGAUGAGAUCAGCUGUGAGACAAGCUGUGUGGAUUUGAAGCUUAACCUUUCUAAUUCUAAGGAGCCGGCAAUAAUUACUGGGAAAGAUGUCACUGAAAAAUCCAAGACCAACAAGGACAACAAACUUGAUCUCCCAGCUGCUGAUCCUGCAAAGCCUCCAGCCAAGGCACAAGUUGUGGGCUGGCCACCGGUGCGAUCGUUCCGAAAGAACAUGUUCACGGCGUUGCAAAAGAGCCCGAGUGAUAAAGAAAGUGAGCACAGCAAGGGCAGCAGCAAUGCAGUGACGUUGGUGAAGGUGAGCAUGGAUGGCGCACCCUACCUUCGCAAAGUGGACUUGAAGAUGUACAAGAGUUACCCUGAGCUCUCUGAUGCCCUAGCCAAAAUGUUCAGCUCCUUCACCAUCGGAAACUGUGGAUCCCAAGGAAUGAAGGAUUUCAUGAAUGAAAGCAAGCUGAUGGAUGUGCUCAAGGGUUCUGAUUACAUUCCAACAUAUGAAGACAAGGAUGGUGAUUGGAUGCUGGUUGGCGAUGUCCCCUGGGAGAUGUUUGUUGAGUCAUGCAAGAGAUUGCGCAUAAUGAAGGGCAAAGAGGCUGUUGGGCUGGGUUACACCAAGGGCCAUGGAGAAAUGCAAGAACAGAAGCUAAAAGCACUUAGCAAUGAAUCACCACAGCCUGCUCCUUUGAUCUCGUCGCGGUGGCUGCAAUAA